CUGGUAGUCUAGCCUGACUGACAAGCAUCUGAAUUUUUGGUCUCUUGGACAAUGUGUUAGAAGCCAAGUUUCAUCAUUGUAUUAAAGUAAGCAACAAAUGCCAAACAAGCACUGUACUACGCAACAAAAAGAAUUCCAUUCUCAGCUUUCUACUUCCUCAAAUCUCAAAAAGAGAGAACUCUGAAAGUUUCAUUUUUUUUUUUAAGCUUCGGGUUAGUAUUUGAUUUUGUUUAGAGUUUGCCUUAAGGGAUUUGUGGAAGAAGCAAAAAGGUACGGUAAUGGCGGCUCUGAGACUGGGUUCACUUCCACCACCAACAUUAACAGGAAUCACAGUAACAAAGAAAUGUGAAAGAUUCAAUGGUGGAUUUAAGGUGGUCGGUGACGGUGGUGGCGACAAUGGGUUCCCUCCAUUUCUUCCCAAAGAGAUUGAAAAAAUCAAAGACCCUUUUGCAAGAAAUUUAGCUAGGAGAAUAAAAAGACUCCCAGUUCAGAUUGGAUGUUCUGAAAGUUAUAUAAUGAGUAGUUGUGUACAACCACUAGCACAAACCGAUGCCAAUCCGGUUGCACUUCUCCAUUGCUUUGAUAGUUCUUGUUUAGAAUGGAGGCGUGCUUAUCCGUUGCUGGAAGAAUCCGGUUUGGAAGCAUGGGCUCUCGAUAUUCUCGGCUGGGGUUUCUCUGAUUUAGGAAGGCUUCCACCUUGUAAUGUAGCAUCAAAGCGUUACCACUUUUAUCAGCUUUGGAAGUCGUACAUCAAAAGGCCAAUGGUUUUAGUCGGACCAAGUCUCGGUGCUGCUGUUGCAAUCGAUUUUGCAGUAAAUUAUCCCGAAGCUGUUGAAAAGUUGGUUUUGAUCAAUCCGAGUGUUUAUGCAGAAGGCACGGGAAACCUUGCAAAGUUACCGAAAGUAGUAGCUUAUGCUGGGGUUUCAUUACUAAAAACAUUCCCUUUACGCCUUUAUGCUAAUCUAUUAGCUUUUGAUGGCAUUCCAUUAUCCAAGAGCUUAGACUGGACAAAUGUUGGUCGGUUACAUUGCCACAUGCCUUGGUGGAAAGACGCGACUGUUAAUUUUAUGGUUAGUGGAGGGUACAAUGUAGUGUCCAAAAUAAAGCAGGUGAAACAGAAAACACUGAUCAUCUGCGGCGAGAAUGAUAAGAUAGUUAGCAACCAACUGGCGAUGAGACUGCGUUUCGAGCUUCCGAAUGCAAGCAUGCAACGAUUGCCGGAUUGCGGUCACCUUUGUCAUGUCGAUAAGCCUCGGAAUGUUGUGAAGUUGAUUGCGGAUUUUGCUCGAGCCAAAUAACUCCGAGACCAAGAGCCAUUGCAGCAGAUUUGCAGAAGGUAGAUGCUUUAGUAUCAGCAUUAGGGCUUUUUCAGUUCAAGUAAUAACUCAACUGUGGAUUUCUCUGUCUCUUAGUUAUCUUUUUUCUUGUAUAUAUACAUAAUAUAAAUAUUUUUUAAAAAGAAAGAAAUAAGAAAAAAAUGGGAACUAUUGAUGGGUACUUUAAACUUUAA